CCUCGUAUCGGUGGAUCAGUCCAGCCAAUUUCCUUUUCCUUUUUCCCCCCUAAACCCCGUGCGCAGGACCGCAUGGCGUUGCUUACUCGACCCAUUAUAAGAAUUGACUAACAGAAUAUAUGUCAGGUUCAAAUAAACAGCUUUGGCUUCUAGGAAGAUUCUAUACUGUUCGCAACUGUACCGACCAAACUCUUAUAUAAAGCCCAUCGCAACACCCCCCACAUGAAGCUCCUACUUUCUUUUUGCAUCGGCAUCAUUGCUAUACUAUACACUGCUAGUUACCACUACACCUUCAAUUUUCGAGACUUGAUACCCUCUACCAUAUUGGCUGACCACUUUUCCGCCAACUUCACCACCACCACCACCAUCAUCACCCCCACCCUUAUAAUCCCACCCACCGACAAAAUGACCCUCCCCCGCAGCAUCCGCCAAGUCUUCCUAGCGAUCGAGCAAGCCGAGGGCGCGGGCGCGCGCGUGCGCCGGUCCAUCGGCACGCCGAAGCUGCGGCACCUCAGCCCGUUCCUGAUGCUGGACCACUUCACGAUCGGGACGGGGGCGGGGUUCCCGGACCACCCGCACCGGGGCCAGGAGACGAUCACGUACCUGCUGUCGGGCGGGGUGGACCACGAGGACUUCGCGGGGAACCGGGGCACGAUCGGGCCGGGGGACCUGCAGUUCAUGACGGCGGGCAAGGGAAUCAUGCACGCGGAGAUGCCGCACGAGAACCCGGACGGCGCGCCCAACGUCGGCAUGCAGCUGUGGGUCGACCUCCCCAAGGACCUCAAGUACUGCGAGCCGCGCUACCGCGACCUGCGCAGCGCCGAGAUCCCCCGCGCCACCGCGGACGACGGGCGCGUCACCGUGAAAGUCAUCUCCGGCCAGUCGCACGGCGUCGACUCCGUGCGCGACCUCGCCUACACCCCCGUCUGGCUGCUGGAUAUCUCCGUCAAGCCCGGCGGCCGCGUGCGCCAGGCUCUGCCCCUCGGCUGGAACGCCUUCGCCUACACGCUGCAGGGCGCCACCGUCUUUGGCUCCGGUGAUCAGACCCGCAACGUCAAGGAGUUUCACAAUGUCGUGUUCGAGCAGCAGGGCGAGUUCGUCGAGGCCUCUGUGCCGGAUAAUGCCGAGGAGGAGGGCCGGUUCUUACUCGUCGCCGGCCAGCCCCUCGAUCAGAAGGUCGUCCAGUACGGUCCCUUCGUCGUGACGAGUGAGGAGGAGGUCUACCAGGCCAUGAUGGAUUUCCGGACCGCGACGAAUGGGUUCGAGAAGUCGCGCGGCUGGGAGAGUGAGAUUGGGAAGAGAAUGGCUUUUUAAAGAGUGGUAUCCAUUUGAUGUGCUGUACAUACUUGAUAGCAACUUGGCGUUGGGGGUGUUUCGGUAGCAUUAGGGUUUGAUCUCAUUGAGCUUCUUUCUAUGACUUUGUGUUUUUGGUGUCGUCUGGUCUGAAUCCUGGUUUCAUGGUAAUGUAGUAUCACAACGUAAUAUUUCAGAUAUAGAUUUUGGUACAGAGGAGUGACUGAGAUAAAUCAAGAAUAUAGAUGGGAAAGGCGGCUGGCAGGCACGGACACAA